AUGCGGCUCUUCUUAUGCCUGGCGUGCUUGGGCCUGGCACAGGCCGACUUGUUCACCGCCAUAGCCGACUUGCAGACGAUGCUGGGCGCCGAGAAAAACAUCGUGCCCGUCGUCAAGGAGUACAUCGCCGCCGAGCAGGAACGCUUGGAUCAUCUUAAAAAAUUCGCCGAAGAAUACGUCACCCGAAAUUCGGAGGCCCAAGAAACCGGGCCGGAAUUCGUGACCAAUCCCAUCAACGCCUUCCUCCUCAUCAAGAGGCUGACCUCUGAGUGGAGACAGGUCGAGGACACGAUGCGCAACAACAACGCCGACCGCUUCAUCAAGAAUAUCACGGCGAGGAGGGAGGGCAAUGAGGUGAAAUUCCCGGGAGAGGAAGAUCUGUCUGGGGCGGCGAUUGCGCUCUUGAGGCUCCAGGACGUGUACAAGCUCGAGACGCACGACCUGGCCAACGGGUACAUUCGCGGCGAGAAGGUCGGCCAUCGGCUGAAUGCGCACGACAUUUUCGAGGUCGGUCGCGCCGCCUACAACGCCAAAGAUUACUACCACUGCCUGAUGUGGAUGCAGGAGGCGCUGAACAGGCUAGAAAACGAGCAUCCGCCUUCAAUCGCCGAGGCCGAGAUCCUGGAAUACUUGGCGUAUUCGCUGUACCAACAAGGCAACGUCAGACGGGCUCUUUCGAUGACGAAGCGGCUAUUCGCCAUCGCUCCCCAUCAUCCUCGGGCCAGAGGAAACAUCAAAUGGUAUGAGGAUAAGCUGGAUGGCAAGGAAAAAGAAGGAGAAUUGCCUGCCGUUGUCAACAAACGCGUUGAAUGGGACGGAAUUCCGGAACGCGACGCCUACGAAGCCCUGUGCCGAGGCGAAGAAACCCCCCUCACCCCCACACAGAUACGGAAACUAUACUGCUACUUGAAGAUGGACCGCCCGUUCCUCCGGAAGCUCGCCAAGCCGAAGCUUAAACGCGCGACCGUCCAAAACGCCAUCACCGGUGAGCUCGAGCAUGCGUCGUACCGCAUCUCCAAAAGCGCCUGGCUCAAGGAGCACGAGCACGAGGUGGUCGCCCGCGUCAACCGAAGAAUCGGCGACAUGACCAACUUGAACCAGGACACAUCGGAAGACCUGCAGAUCGCCAACUACGGCCUGGGCGGACACUACGAUCCUCAUUACGACUUCGCUAGGAAAGAGGAGAAGAACGCCUUCAAGUCGCUCGGCACGGGCAACCGCAUCGCCACGGUGUUAUUCUACAUGUCGCAACCCGAACUCGGCGGCGCCACCGUCUUCAACAAGUUGGGCAACGCCCUCUUCCCCAGCGUCCACGAUGCGCUUUUCUGGUACAACCUGAAGCGCAACGGUGACGGCGAUCUACGCACCCGACACGCCGCCUGCCCCGUGCUGCUCGGCGUCAAAUGG